GUACAAGUGCGGAAGUGACAUGUGAACGUAGUUGGUAAACUUUAGCAGAUGAGCGAAUGUGUAUUUUACAUCAACUGGUACACUAGCGUGUUUCUAAUAAUCAUGUGUCAGAUGCCAGUGUAUACUAUAUCUGGUUAAAUGCCUAACUUCUGUCACCUGAAUGUUUCUUUGGUUGUUAUUUAGUUUUUCCAGCCAGAUGUAGUAUAUAGCUAGUUAGCAUUUAACAGUAAGCUCUGACUGACUGAGUUAUUGCUUAGUAUCUAAAACGUUUAGUUUUUUCAAUGAUUUAAGGCUGAAUAGGAAGGAAUAUAAAGUACGUUUUCCCUGUAUUAUUAUUUUUGCGAGCUUCUACUCGUGGACAUUAUUAACUGAAGAGCUAUUGUGUAUGCUCUUGAGAUAGACUCUCAUGUAUGGCUUCAUUCAGUAUAAAAUUUGCUACACUACUGAAAAAAGGAUCAGCGAACCGAGGCUGGACAAACCCAGGGGCCACGUUGUUUCUCGUGUCUGCUCAAGCUGUGUUAAUGACUUCAUUGGCAGACUUUGAGCCAUCAGCAAAGAGACAAAGAGUUGGAACAAAUAUUCUAGGAUCCCCUUUGUAUUCCCAUAAAGGAAUGGAAAAUAAAACAGAAAAAAAUGUGGAUAGACAGCCAAACACUGGAACAGCUGGUUUGCGAGGCAUGAAGACAAAAAGUUCCAUUGAAAGGACUGACCCCAAGAAGCAACAGUGCAGAAACACUCUUGAAUGUUGGUUGGUCAAGCCCUCAAAAAGCCAAAUCACAACAAAUGAGUGCCAAAGCCACAAAGAUGAAGAAAUGACUGAUGAUGAUGGCUUUCAAAGCACCUCAGCUCAGUCUUUAGGUUGCAGAGAUGAUAAAAAAUCUUCCGUCUCUGACACAGAUGAAGAAACCCAACCAUUAACCCCACAAAGCUUGGAUGAAAACUGUCCUGUGUCACAAGUGUCCAAUGAUUCUGCAGGGAAUGGGCUUACACAGCCACUCUCUCACACUGAAGAUGGAUUUGAAAAGCAAGAAAUGGGAAGAUGCUUCACGGACUCCAAGGGACCUUCCAAACACAACAGCAAAAUAACAGACUUCUUUUCAGGGACUUCUCAGAAUUUACCUGUAAGACGGGGCAUCCCUGAUAAGUCUUCAGAGGAGCAAGAUGAUGACAAAGAACCUAAAUCAGCUGGCGUCACAUGGCUGGGGACGCCAAUCAACGAGCUAAAGAGAAUGCCAGAAUGUGGUGGGCCUCUUCCACCUCUGAAGGAUGCACCUGGGAAACAUACUGUGUUGAUAAGGACAGACCUUCUUCAGAGGGGUAAAGUUCCUGUCCCAUAUCCUGUAAAGUUUAGGGAUACCUGGGAUGACGUCCAUGUGAAGAUGCCCUACUCCAACAACAACAGAUUUCCCUUAGUAGAUGAGGAAACCCAAACGCUGCAGAGUCGAUGGGAACUAAUCAAGGAAACUUUAAACAAGAAUUUUACAAAUGCAGUUGAGUUGAAGAAGGCAAUAUUGAAAUAUAGUGCUUCACAUGCUAAAAAGUGGGACUUCACGGCACUGAAUACGUUCUGCACUAAGGUCUUAGAACCUGAUGCUGCUGAACAUCUGUUUGACUCCCUGCUGCCAGACAUGGUGCAAUUAGCACUGAGAGCAUCUGAGCUCUGCACCAAGCCGAUACCCCUCCUGAAAGCAGGCAUGAACCACUCCAUCACCAUGUCUCAGGAACAGGUGGCAUGCCUGCUCGCCAACGCCUUCUUCUGUACCUUCCCUCGACGGAGCUCUAGAAAGGCGGAGUACUCAAACUACCCAGACAUAAACUUUUUCAGGCUGUUUGAGGGCUCCUCUACAAGGAAGAUUGAAAAACUGAAAACUCUGUUGUGCUAUUUCAGAAGUGUUACUGAGCAAACGCCUACUGGACUUGUAACAUUCACCCGGAAGAGGUUGGACAAACCACCAAAUUGGAGAAGCUCUCAGACUCUGCUUACAAAGUUGCACAUUACCUGUGAAGGGACCAUUGAAGACGAUGGCUUUGGGAUGCUUCAGGUAGAUUUUGCCAACAAGUUUGUGGGAGGAGGAGUCACCAGUUCCGGCCUUGUUCAAGAGGAGAUCCGUUUUCUUAUUAACCCUGAGCUAAUAGUUUCCCGUCUCUUCACUGAGGCCCUAGAUCAUAAUGAAUGUCUCAUCAUCACAGGAACUCAGCAGUACAGUAAAUACAAAGGCUAUUCUCAGACCUAUGAGUGGGAUGGAAGCUGCCAGGACACAACACCAAGUGAUGACUGGCAGAGAAGAUGCACUGAGAUAGUUGCCAUUGAUGCUCUACAGUUCAGAAACUUCCUUGAACAGUUUCAACCAGAGAGAAUCAGAAGAGAACUCAACAAGGCUUACUGUGGCUUUGCACGUCCUGAGAAGGAGGGCCAGAACCUCUCGGCAGUGGCAACCGGAAACUGGGGCUGUGGGGCUUUUAAAGGUGACACGCAUCUCAAAGCUUUGCUCCAGAUGCUGGCAGCUGCUGAGGCGGGCCGUGAUGUAGCUUAUUUCACCUUUGGUGACAGCAAACUCAUGAUCGAUGUCCACAACAUGCACUCAUUCCUCACGCAAAGAAACAUCAGUGUUGGGGAGGUGUAUGAUCUUCUGGAGAAGUACUAUAGCUCUGUGUGCCAAAGUUGCCUCAGUCAUCCCCCAGGCAUCACCCUUUACUCCUUCAUUCACCAGCAGGUCGACCCCUCCCCAGCCUAUAGUGACUCCUAAAAGGAUUUUGCUAGACGGCGCAUACCCUCAGGCUGCCAUUAAGGUCAGGCGGCUGAUGAGUCAACCUGCCUUCAUUUCUGAAAAUGAAACAAUUGACAAAUUUAAAUUUUCUUAGUCUGUCUAUAGAAUUUUUUUUUAAAUGAGCUUUUUCAUUAUACGGUUCUUGACCGCCAGUUGCAGAAAAUUUGAAAUCUUCAAGCAUGCAGAUCCAUUUUGAAAGCAGCUGAGCUGUACUGCAGAGGGUGGUUACUUAUGACCCUGUCUGUUCAUUUUGCUACCGCUUGUAAUACGGCAGUAGAUUGAGCUCCAAUGCGACGCGAUUGUGAUUUUAAUGGUGAAGCAAAGGUUGCCAUCCAUCUUCCCAGUUUGUCAUGUUGCUUAUUUUUACACCCACACAUAUCCAACUUAAUUGAAUUGGCUGUCAGAAAUGAAUUUAAAAGAAUAGAAUAACAAGAACGGCGUCUGAAAAGCAUGAAACUGUCUCAGGAAAGCCGCCUUAAAGAGCAAUGUGCCUCUGUAUAAAAUAACCCGUUCACAGCGCACUGGUUUAGCUGUUAUCAUGGGUCAUUCUCUUAAUUUUUGUGAGUUUUUUUGCUGAGUGUCAGAAGGCUGUUGCUCUUAAUUUAUUCAAUUUGAUCCUGACCCCUAUGUAAAACGUUUAUUUGUUAGCCUUUUAUUAGUUGUUUCAUUGUAAAUUAAAUAAAGUUUUUUUUUCUUCUUCUGACAUUUCAGCAAUUGUAUGUUUCAUUUAGCUGCCCAGUUCCAAAUUGAGCCUUAAAUGUCAGCGAUACAUCUCCAAACAAUCAGCCUGAGGGCUUCAUAUGGACGUUACAGACAAAAUGAGAUUAUUUUUUUGCAUUUCAGCUUUCGCGUCAUCUAGUCACUUGCAGUUUAAUAAGGUCACACCUUCUAUAUCAAGUGAAAAUGACACCUCAUUAACUAAGGAAUAGAUCGUUCAACAUUCAGUCAGAUGUUAAAGGCAGGAAGCAAAACUCUGCUGUGAUUCCUCUGUGUUUUGGACUGAACAGCUUCUACAUCAAGAUGAGGCCAGCUUCAAGAAGUCUUUGGCUUUUUCAGACUUGUUUUGAGCUUUUGUGUGGAACAUUCUGUAAUGCCUACAACUUUAUUUAAGGAACCACUGUUAACCCACUGUAUUUUUUUAAAUGAAACAGAGGUAAAACUUCAGUCUUUGAUGCAGGUUUUUGCCCAUAUUGCCCAUUUUUGUUGCUUUUAUCUUUCAUUUCACUGAAAAUCAAGUGUGUGAUAAUUUCACUAAAUAUGUUUGACUGAAUGUUAGAUGCUCUUUUCUCUGCACUGGAUGGGAUCCUGGGAGCCUGUAAAUGAAUGAAUCAGGUGUAGGCGUCUGAGCUCGGUGCUGUCUGCUUUCAUGGAAUCAGGACCUGAAGAAGGGGGUCUCACUUUGAAGCUCGCUGAGUUCAAAAAAAGCCUUUGGAGUCAUCUCUCCCAAGGGGAUCUUCCAUAGACAGGCAGGGGUACCCUACUGGACUGAUCCCUCCACAGCGAACGUCAUGUGUGUUUUUGACCUUUCGGCUGGCAUCUGCCAUAAAGUCACAAACAAGCAGUGUUUUGUUUUCUAAACAGGAUCCCUGCAGUGUAGCUUAGCACUGAAACAGCUGAAUAAGUGACAUGGUUGACACUGUGUAAACCUGUGUGUAGGGAAAAUGAUGCAGUUCUCAUAGAAAUGAUGCUGCUUUAUUUUUAGUUGUGAUUACGCAUCUGCGAAAUAUCAACUUCUGACUUAGUAUUGGAAAUAAAAUAUUGAUACGU